CAGUUUAAAGCUCAAUUAAUAAAUACAUAUAUCUUUAAAAACACAUUUUUAUUAAAAGCUUUUAAUUCUUUUUAUUUUUUUUUUCUCGUAAAAAUGGCUAUUCAACUCAUCGGAUACCCUAUAUCUACUUGCACUCUCAGAGUGGUGGCUACUCUUAAAGAAUUGGGAGUAUCUUAUGAAAUCACUCCACCUUCUGAUUUCAGCGAACUCAAAACUCCAGAAUAUUUGGCUACCAAACAUCCUUUCGGAAAAAUUCCUGUUCUCAUUGAUGACGGAUUUAAAAUUUACGAAUCUCGUGCAAUUAUUCGUUACUUGGUAAACAAAUAUCAAGGAAAAAACAAUUCCACGGUUCUUAUCCCUUCUGAUGUACAAAAAGCUGGAUUGGUAGAACAAUUCAUUUCAGUUGAAAUCUCUUACUAUGAUGAGGCUGUACAUAAAUUGGUUGCCCAAGAAGUAUUCACGAAAUUUCAUGGCAAAACUCCUGAUCCUGAAAUUGUUAAGGAAGCUAGAGUAGAAAUUGGAAAAGUUUUAGAUGUUUAUGAAAAAUUAUUGGAGGGUAAAGAUUAUUUAACCGGAGAAUUUAGUUUAGCUGAUAUUUCGCAUUAUCCUUAUACUUAUUAUUCCUUUUCCUCUGGUCAUGGUGAUUUAUGGGAAAAACGACCUAAUGUUGCUAGAUGGUGGAAGAAUAUUAGCGAACGUGAAAUUUGGAAAGGUAUUGUAGCUGAACUUAAUCAAAAAUAAGAUAUUAUUAUUUGUACGACUAUUAUUUUUUAAGUUAUGUUUAUUAAUGUUAUUUUUACAAUAAGAUAAAUAAAUAAGUGUGUAUCAACUUUGAUUUAUAUUAAUAAACCUAAAUAUUGCAUAAAAUGUUGUUGAUAUUUGUUGUUUGUACAAUUU